UUGAGUGCGCGCGAACAGAACGUAGAUACACAAUACAGAUACACAACAAAGUACGAGACGAGCGAGCGCAUUACUCAUCCGCCAGAUACGAAGAUACUCGUAGCCUCACACACUGCGUUGCAUUGCAGUUUGGCAAACUGGAUUUACCACCCAAAAAUCAAAACCACAAUUCGUGUUAAGUGAAAAACGAAGCAAAUUGCAGCAGCAGCAGCAACAACAACAAAAGAAAAAAAAACCUUUCAAAACUCAAGCCAAAAGCGAAUUAGAAAAAGUAGUUCAAAGCGUGCAAAAUACGUUACUUGCUGCAAAAGUUGUGAAACGUAUCCGAGAGAUACAAUACGAAACGCAGAGAGAGAGAGAGAGAGAGCGCUGGAAGCGAAAGCCAAAACAAGCGACAAAAAGUGCAAUUUCUAAAAAUAUACACAUACAUACACAUAUCAAACAUAUACAAAUUCCAAGCAGGAAGUUUCCAUCAACCAAACAGAUAACUCAAAUAUAUACAUAUAUAAAAAAUAAUAAUCUCGCUAAUUCCAAUACAAAAAAAAACGCCACAAGCGAAGCAGAUUUCCAAAACAAACUAUUGUUGGAUUAACCACACGUUCAUUUUCGAUCAAGACAAGAACCCGACAUUUAAUCAACAUGCAAGUGGAGGCCAGCUAUCCAAAGUAUGCCGGACGUGUCCCGCCCCUGGAUCUCUCCCAGGUGAAUGCCGCCCAGGAGCUGUGGGCCGCCGUCGGCAGUGGGACGCCAACAACGCCAUCGUCGAAGCGUCACCAGCAUCAUCACCACCACCAUCAUCAUCCCUACCACCACGUGCUGGACAAGUGUCGCGGCGGUGUGUCGCUGCUGGGCUCCGACGACCACAACAACAACCGAUUGACCAUGACGGGAUCGGGUGACGACCUCAUGAUGAGCCCCACGACCAGCCUGCUGCAUCCCAUGGGAUCGGAUGGCCUGCCGCUGGAUCCCCGCGACUGGACGCGGGCCGAUGUGUGGAAGUGGCUGAUCAACAUGGCCGUCUCCGAGGGCCUGGAGGUGACGCCCGAGCUGCCACAGAAGUUCCCCAUGAACGGCAAGGCCCUGUGCCUGAUGAGCUUGGACAUGUACCUGUGCCGUGUGCCUGUCGGCGGCAAGAUGCUCUACCGUGACUUCCGCGUACGCCUGGCCCGCGCCAUGGCUGUGCUCUCCUAGGGCUCUGCCUUCACCCCCCCUCCUCACUGGUUGUAAAUACUCUAGGGUUCACACAUAGUCUAGCUUUAGUUUAGUUUAGCUGUAACGCCUAGUCGCUAGUGCUCUUCUUGUUUAAGUCUUAGCCAUUAAAUCUGCAUUUCGAUGUUGUCAAUGAAGUGGGCUCUGGUUCUCUGCCUCGAUUUGAGCAGAAUCUGGAGCGGAGACGGAAGCGGAAGCGGAGUUCAAAUGCUGUCCUAUUAGUUGAUUAAGUUCGCAUCUGAUGAAA